AUGUUGCCUGAGCUGCUCUUUACCGUUGGCUCUAGCAUGCAAGAAUUUUCCAAAGAUGACUACAGUUGUAUAUUGAAUGGAGGCUGUGAUAAAGAAUCGACUCUCGCAAAUACCGAAACCACGUUAGAGCGCAUCAAGUUGUCAAAAACGCCCGAUUUGGAUGCAAAUGCGGAAAAUAUCAAGGAAGAUCCAUAUUCAUGGCAUUCGACGCAUCAUCGCACAGACAUUGGCUCAAAUUUGCUACGGAGCUCCGAUGAUCCGUUGAUUUCUGGAGGCACGCAUGAUAACCAAAAUGAUACAGAAUUCCCAUCGAUUCGUGUCAUUUCAAAGUCACCGUCGAUUAUCAUCCCGCCGCCAUCUCCCACAAAUAUUCUCACACAACGUCCCAAAAAAGUCACGAGAACGCGCAAAAAACAACAAUUCAAGCUGCGAUUCCAUCAUCAAGCUUUACCGCCGGAAUAUCUCGACCAUUAUGAGGCAUCGCAACACUCGCAGCAACGACGAGAACAAAUGCAACAACAACAACAACUCCAACAAAUGUCGACGGGCAAAAAACGCACAAUGGAAACCGAACUCAACAACCGGAGUCAAAUGACAAAUGAAUCCGUGAAAAAUUGGCUGCAAAAAAUCACGCAACUCCAGCAAGAGGGAAAAACCAAAGUCGAGGAACAAGAUGCCGUCGCUGCACAAAUGUCGCAAAAAUCGACAAAAGUCGCCAGUUACAAGGAUUUGCCGUACAUGGGCGAGAUGACGCUCGAAAACUCGAAGCCACGUCGUGGCAGGAAACCAAAGAAGGCGGAUAUUUGUCAUUUAAUUUACAAAAAUUACGGAACAAUUUUUCCCGAUACGCCAAAGCAAAUGCUCAAAGAUGACGCGGAAACGCCCGAAAAGUCGACUACAAGCAAAAAAUCACAAAAUGAACCUUUGAAUCUUUGUGUUCGAGAUACAAGUGAUCCGUUUGUCGUUUCAAGCAGCGACGAUGACGAGGAAGAAGAUGACGAAGAUUCGCUCAUGUCAUCGGAACAAACGACGCCAUUGAUGUCUCCCACAGAUAUGACGAUGGAUUCGAGUCUGGCACUCAACAUGAAGAAUUCUUUGCAAAAUAUUCACUCUUUGAUGAGUAAUGAAGUGCCUCCGGUUACUCCGUCAACUGAAACUUCAAUUAGCGAAGAGCCAUCUCCAAAAUCGGGAGAUCCGGCGACUUUCGCUUGGCCUUCUUCGGGCACUUUUAUCCAUCCGAUGGCACUUUAUUACCAAAAAAUGAUGGAUUCGGGCGUAAAAAUUGAUAAAAAUUCAAUGAGUCCUCCUCUAAAAGCUUCAAAUAACUCCGAAACGCCUGAACUGAAACAACGAUUAGUGCCGAAAAGCAUCUCAAAAUUGAUGAAAGAGGAGCAUCAAAGCAAUUUAGAUGCAACUUCGGUGUCAAGUAGCUCAUCCAAUACCCAAUCUUCAACCUCCAAGAGCGGACAAAAGCGCAAAAGAUCCGCAAUUUUCAUCCCGCCUCUUCCAGCGGAGCCCAAAUCUCACGCCACGGAAGUCAGCAUCUGCAAAUUCAAGUUCACGGGAGGCGCCAAACCCUCGUUGCAGGAAAAGAAAAUGCUCUCGGUCGAUUCUGGCGGCAAUUUCCGCUAUUAUUCGGGCACAGGCGACAAAAGUAUGCGCGGUUAUGAAUUUUUCCCGCGCGAAAGUCUCGCUCUCAGUAGUUUAACUGCCAACACAACGACAAAUGCCUUCCUGAACGCCACAAGUGAGAAAAUUGACUUGCCCCCGCCAUCCGCUGGACUGAGUAACGACGUGCUGCAAAUACCUGAAUUCCCGAGUACGAGUGUUGUUGCCCCCUUGCCAACUUCCCCCAUAAAAUUACAUCCUCCGAUGACCAGUAGACAUCAUCAUCAACGUUUCCCAUCGACUUCAAGUUGCUCAACGUCGUCAUCGAGUGUGGAUAAGAGGAGCAAACGGAAAUCUAAGAGGUCCAUGCAACGUGAAAAGCUGGAAAAGACUUUUAAAGAAAAGGGAUUUUUGAUUCAAACGCAACAAUUGCAGUCAGCGGAGGGAGCAACGUACUGCAAAUUUCGACAAUUGAGGAAAUUCACAAGAUAUCUCUUUAGAAGUUGGAAAGAUCACUUGCCGGGAGAUGUGCAAGGACAAUUUGUCGAUGCCAAUGGUGUGCCGCAUUGUACAAUGACGGGAAAUGGACCUGAAAUACCAUCAACGCUGUAAAAAAAAAAAGUUAAAAUUAGUCGAAGUUUUAAAUUUAUUUUUAAAUUUUGUCCUUUAA